UUGCAUCCUCACUUUUCACCAUAAUAUGCUUAGCAUAUGCUUGGUGUAAGAAGAAAAGCAAGAGCCGGCCGUCUCAAUCUUCAAUGAGAGAUCGAUUCUUGAAAAUUUCAUACGCUCAACUUCUCAAGGCUACCAAUGGCUUCUCCGAAACCAAUUUGAUUGGAAAUGGUGGGUUCAGUUCCGUUUAUAAAGGAGUCCUUAAUGAAAAUGAUGAUACACUUGUCGCAGUGAAAGUUCUGCGUCUUCAAAAUCGAGGGGCGGAAAGAAGCUUUAUGAGGGAGUGUGAAGCAUGGCGAAACAUUCGACACCGUAAUCUGUUAAGGAUAAUAACUUCAUGUUCAAGCAUUGACUUUCAAGGAAAUGAUUUCAAAGCUUUGGUAUACGAGUUUAUGCCCAAAGGGAGUUUACACGAUUGGCUUUAUACAAGUGAAGGUACAUCCAGGUUAAACUAUAUUCAGAUAACAAAUAUUCUUGCCGAUGUCGCGUCUGCACUUGAUUAUCUUCAUAAUCACUGUGUACCAAUCGUUGUUCACGGUGACUUGAAGCCUAGCAACAUUCUACUCAACGAUGAAAUGGUGGCUCAUGUCGGAGACUUUGGUUUAGCUCGCUUUCUUGGAACAACUUCUUACCAAAACAGCUCCACCGGCAUUAGAGGAACAAUUGGUUACGCUGCUCCAGAAUAUGGACUCGGGAGUGAUAUGACAACUAAUGGAGAUGUCUAUAGUUUUGGAAUGCUAUUACUAGAGGUGAUGACCGGAAAAAAGCCAACUGAUGACAUAUUUAAUGAAGGGCAUAGCCUUCAUAAAUUUGCUUCCAUGGCUUUGCCUGACCAUGUAAUGGAUAUUAUUGAUCUCAACAUUCUAAACAUUUAUCAAGGAGUGUGUGAAGCAGAUGCACAGAAAAUAGAAGAAUGUUUGGCUUCAACAAUCAAAAUUGGAGUAUCAUGCUCUCUGGAUUCCCCAUCACUAAGGAUGAAUAUGGAAAAGGUUGUACAUGAAUUGCAUCGUAUCCAGAAUACACUUCCAAAUAUUGAGAUCUAACACCAGGCUUGCAUUUGGGAUUUCAAAUAAACUACACCUAGGAUAUGGUGUAUGUCAUCAUUGAAUCAUUGUUAGUUUGCCAUACAUAUAUAAUUGUUAUUUUGCUUAAUAUCUUGUUGACACAGGUAUACGAGUUUGUGCUUAAUUAUUUACAAAGGAUAUAUAUUAU